GGUUUGGAGAUGGAUUAUAUGACUCCUAUAUGAGGAUAGAUCAGAUUAGGUACCAAGACUCUACAAAUGAAGAACACAGCCCCUCAGGACUUCCUUCCCUUGGAAGAUCUAAUGUUUCUAGCAACAAACUCGCAAUGAAGGAUCACCCUCUGACUGGAAGUCAGGUCAAAGUGGAGCAAUUAUUUGAGGACUCUGGCAACAGAAGGAGUAGCACUCUUCAGUCUGCAGGAAUUACUGGUUCAGAAAGAUCUCUUCCUUCCCUGACAAAAGAUAAAAGUAUAGAGAGCAUAAGCACUUCUAAAGGUGGUGGUAGUUCCUCAAAAGCACAUAAAGCCAUUUCCCAAGCUCCAGAGCAAGCUGUCAAACAGUACAAACAUCAGUUAUCUGCUUAUGAGCAGCAAGAGAUAUUUAAUUUUUCUGAAAUUUACUUUGUGGGUCCAGCUGCAAAAAAGAGGCAAGGAGUUAUUGGUGGUCCCAACAAUGGAGGUUAUGAUGACGACCAAGGCAGCUACAUUCACGUGCCCCAUGACCAUCUUGCUUACCGGUAUGAAGUACUCAAAAUCAUUGGCAAGGGCAGUUUUGGACAAGUUGCUAAAGUCUACGAUCACAAACUCCACCAACACUUAGCCUUAAAGAUGGUUCGCAAUGAAAAGAGAUUCCAUCGCCAAGCAGCAGAAGAAAUCCGGAUUCUGGAGCAUCUGAAGAAGCAGGAUAAAACGGGCAGUAUGAAUGUUAUUCACAUGCUGGAAAGCUUCACCUUUCGGAACCACAUCUGUAUGACCUUUGAACUCUUGAGUAUGAACCUGUAUGAGCUGAUUAAAAGAAAUAAGUUUCAGGGCUUCAGUAUCCAACUGGUGCGCAAGUUUGCUCACUCUAUACUGCAGUGCUUGGAUGCCCUUUAUAGAAACAAAAUCAUACACUGUGACUUGAAGCCGGAAAAUAUCCUCCUAAAACAGCAAGGGAGGAGUGGAAUCAAGGUUAUAGAUUUUGGGUCCAGCUGUUUUGAGCACCAAAGAGUCUACACAUAUAUUCAGUCUCGAUUUUAUCGGGCGCCAGAGGUAAUUCUGGGCAGUCGCUAUGGGAUGCCCAUAGACAUGUGGAGUUUUGGCUGUAUUCUGGUGGAGCUGUUGACUGGCUACCCUCUUUUUCCUGGAGAGGAUGAAGGAGACCAACUGGCUUGUAUGAUGGAACUUCUUGGAGUGCCACCUCAGAAGCUUUUGGAUCAAUCCAAGCGAGCCAAGAACUUCAUCAGCUCUAAGGGUCAUCCUCGCUACUGCACUGUGACUAUGCACGCAGAUGGAAGAGUGACCCUUAAUGGGAGUCGAUCGCGCCGGGGUAAAAUACGAGGCGCUCCAGGGAACAAAGACUGGGUGACAGCACUGAAAGGCUGUGACGAUCCCUUGUUUAUAGAGUUCUUAAAAGAAUGUCUCAGCUGGGAUCCUUCUGUACGCAUGACUCCGAGUCAAGCUUUAAGGCACCCUUGGAUUUGUAAACGAAUGCCCAAACCACCCAGCACUGAUAAAACCUCCAAUAAACGGAUUUCUAGCUAUACAAGUUCUCUCACAGGAAUAGGUUCCAAGUUGCCUCCUGUAGUUGGAGUAGCGAACAAGCUGAGGGCUAACUUAACGUCCGACUCCAAUGGCAGUAUACCUCUAUGUACUGUGCUGCCCAAACUGGUCAGCUAAUAGAGAACUAUGUAUUUCCAGAAUACGUACCUUGUAUUUUAAUUGUUUGCUAAUAAUGUGUAAGGAAGCUAAAUGCAGAGGUUUUUAAUGGAUUUACUUUUUAUUAGAGGCUAAAUCUUGAAUAUAAAAAGUUCAGUCAACAUGUACACAUUUAAAGGGCUAACUUUUAUCCGAUUGUUUCACUCACAAUGUGGUGCAUAUUACAUCACUGGGUAGGUCAGCUCAGCUGUUGAGUAAAACGACAGUUUGGCAGACGUGCUAUUUAAUAAUGCUGUUUUAGAAAUCAGACUAUUUCUUAUCAGGACGGUUUAACAGAUCCUUUUGCUUAAGACAGCAAGGGAAAUUGAUUUAAAAUAUGUAUUUUCAGUUAAUCUCCAACUGAACUCUUUUUAUUCUGGGGAGAGUUUUUACAUCUAAUGUCAAAAGCACAAAUGUGUUAAUGUAAUGCAUUAGGAACUUACUUGCAAAUUGCUAACUUCUGUUUGAAGAAUUUGAUUUCUCUGUGCUGCUUUUCCCUUAUCUAUCCUGACUGAGAUUUUUAAAAAUACCAUGGAAUGUAGACACCAAAGGAAUUUGGUGUUGAAAUUUUAUCGUCUGAUUUUUGUUUUGGUUUUUUUUUUCCCCAAAGGAGCAUAGAAAUGCCAUGGAACACAGGAUAUAUCUAAAUAAAACUACUAACUUCCGUAC